GUGUGAAACCACAUUGUCCAUUCAAUCCCACCGAUAAACGUUCGCGUUCAGAGCCAGUCUGAACGGAUUCACGAGGAUGUACCGAUUUGCGAUCUUGACCUUUUUCGCCCUAAUCGCAAGCGUUAGGAGUCUGGCCAUAACAGGAUCGCCGAGGGUGGUGAUCGUUGGUGCGGGUGCAUCGGGAAUCGCAGCUGCAUCGAAGCUGCUGCAGAACAGCAUCGAGGAUGUCCUUGUCCUAGAGGCAGAGGAUAGAAUUGGAGGCCGAGUAAAGACCAUUAAAUUCGAUGAAUACGUGAUCGAUGAAGGGGCCCAAUGGAUCCAUGGGGACAUAGGGAAUGUGGCGUACGAUUUGGCGAGCCCGUUAAACCUUACAGAUCAUUCGGGCCCUGACAAGUACGAGAUGUUCGCGUCUAAUGGAGAACGAUUGGACCCCGAUCUCGCGGAGAACAUCACGAAGAUUUUGAUAGAGUAUCUGGAAUCAACACCCGAUGAUAUCGUAAAUAACUGCACCGCUUCCUUUGCCGAAUGCACGAAAGACAGAAUAAAAGAAAGCCUGGCCGAAUUACCGAAACUAAACAACACAAUGCAAGAGCAGUUACUAUGGAACAUGAAUCUGAUGGUGACGGGCAGCGAAUCAGCCGAUGACUGGAAUGACAUAGCAUUUCAAGGGUACGGAGACAUAGAUGUGGGAGACCGAUUUGUCAAUUGGAAGCUACGUGGCUACAGCACUAUUUUGGACAUAAUGAUGAAAAAGAUUCCGAACCCGGAAGAGGAGCUACCAGUAAUGAACAAAACGAUUCUGAACGCCGAAGUGACCAAAGUGGAUUAUUCGAGUGAAGAUGGUAAGAUAAAGUUGACAACGCAAGACGGUAAGGAGUAUACCGCCGACCACGUGAUCAUGACACCUUCCUUGGGGGUGCUGAAGGCUGACCAUGAAACGCUAUUCAACCCUCAACUUCCGGAAACGAAGAUUAAAGCAAUUAAAACUCUAGGAUACGGAAACGCUUGUAAAGUGCAACUGGCCUUCAACGAUGAUUGGUACAACAAGGAGGGUCUAAAAAACAAACUGAUGCAACUUACGUGGUCCCAGCAGGAAUUGGAAGAAUUCAAGAAGGACCCAAAAAAGACGUGGAUGUCUUACGCAUUGGCGUUCACCAUUGUCGAGCACAAGCCUCGUUUACUGCUGCUAUGGAUCUCCGGAAAGGGCGGUCGCCUAAUCGAUGAGCGCACGGACGAGGAGGUUCUCGAACAGGUCACGUGGAUGCUAGAUAACUUUUUCUCGGAGACUUAUAACAUGAGCAAGCCAGUCGCAAUGACAAGAAGCAAAUGGCAUCAGAAUAAGCACUUUCGGGGCACUUACAGUUACAUUAGCGUAGAGGCGGCUAAAGAAGAUAUAGGGAACGAAGAUUUGGCCGAGCCUAUCAUGAAAAAUGGGAAGCCGGUGGUUUUAUUCGCUGGAGAGGCUACAAGUAGCGACAAUACGGCAACAGUUCACGGUGCUAUCGCCACUGGGUUGCGGGAGGCUGACAGAUUGAUAAAUCUGUACUCUAAAACUGAAAGCACAACCGAAAAGAAGUCGCAAUAAAGUAGAAGAGGAGAAAUAAUAAUUUUAUGAUCAGACGGUUAUUGUAAUUGAUUAUAUUUGCAAAUAUACGAGCCAUCUUUGGUUUUGGUAAAAUAA